AUGUCCAAUAAUAAACGGAAGUUUGUGCAUCGGAAGUCGAUACGCGCCCAAAGGCAGUUGAUAAAGCAAAAGUCAAAGCUAAAUGGCCUGAAUGUGAAUGUGGCCAAGACACGGCCUCGGAUCCUCACUCCGGAGGUGGCAAAAGACGGCAGCACGAAUCCAGGACACCCAGCCACAGCGGCCCUGGCGCAGGCCAUCAACAUGAAGGAUGGCUUUGCAGCAGUCAGCACCCUCUCCGCUGCCACGAACAUCACCACGCUGUCGUUUCCCUUCACGAUGGCCAACAGCAGCGGCGGCGGGGACACCAUUCCCACGGGGACCCUGAGCAUCCUUCCCAUCGCGGCGAACGCCCAGCUGCCGACCAUCACGACAACGGCCAGUGGCUACGAGCCCAAUGACGUCAUCACCACGAUCCCCGUCUCGCUCUCCAUUCAGCGCUCCCCCUCGUCCCUGUCCAUCGUGGACCUGGCCCAGGAGCAGGACGGCUACAGCAACAGUGGCUCCAGCAACGGCAUGACCGUGGGGCCGGGUGCGGGCGGCGGCGGCGGCAUCACCACCACGUCCCUCCUGUUCGUGAAGCCCCUGAACGGCAGCGGAAAACGGCAACGGCAACGGCAACGGCAACAUUUCGCGGAACAACACCUUCAGUCUGAGCCUCAACCUGCAGGAUCCCACAGUGCGCUCCUCGGUGCGUUCGGCAGGAGCCCCCACAGUGGAUACAGUGGACAACUCUUCAUCCGGUGGCACGAUCGCCCUGCCCCAGAGCGGCGCCACGGCAACGGCAACGGCAACAAGUGCUCCCUCAACUCUCGCCAAACACAGUCCAGAGGCCAAGACAGGAGAGGUCUAUGUCUGAGCGGGGGAUCAGGACACCUAUUCCGACCCAUCCACUGGAUUAUAGCUUUCGUCGUAGGUUUAAGCACCCCCUUCCAGAACCACUGAUACGAUAUUAUCAUCUAGGAAAGAGAACAAAACAAGAGUAAUCCUCUCUUCGGAUUGUACAUACAUAUGCACACAUCAAUAUACAUACAUAUAUAGCCCACAGACGGAUCGUAUCGUAAUG